AUGACCAUUAUCGUCGACUAUUAUAUUACUGUUUGGCACUGCAUCGACGCCGCCUCGACGGCCUCUCGCCCUGUCAGUGGCUUCAAACUCGUUCCACCGACCCUGAAUCUCCUCCUGAAGGGCAUCCAUCUCGAUAUCGUCAAAAUCCCGACUUUCACUGGGAAUGCCGGGAAUGAUCUGGCUGUCCUGGUGUCCCAUCACCCACUGACCAUUAUCUUUGUGGCGAAAAAGUUCUUCGUACUGUAUAGACUUACCGGCGACGGCGUGAGCCUCGACCUCGUCAUCGGCGAAGUCCGAACCAAGAGAGACUUUAGAGAUCCUCUGGACCUUAUCGUGACACAAGAGGAUGUCUCCACGAAGCGUAGUAUCUCGGUGCUCGACCUUGAUUCGAGAGCGAAUCGAAGUGAAAACGUCUCGCUGGAAGCGACGAAGGCAGAUCCACACGAGAUACUCGAGAAGAAAAUUAUGAAUGAAAUGGUAUCGUCUAUACUGCGUUAUCCAGUGGCCAAUCCUUUCCACGCGGAGAAAAUCGUCGUGGAUAUUCUUAACCUCUCGCCAACGAGCACGAUAUGUAGUCGCUAUGGCGACAUUACCGAAGAGAGUGUAUUCGCUGAUGGAUUCUCGAAAGGUGAACUGCUCUCAGUCGAUCUUGUCCAAAAACCACGCGUAAUCGUAACGUUGAAGGGUUCGAGAGAAUCUAAGACCUUUAUACCGUCGUCCUCCGGAUCGCUCCUUCGAAUCCCAUCAAAGCGCGGACUCACCGCGGAGAAGGUGGCUCCCGUAGCUAUACUUCGCCAGUCGUAG